GCUCGAAUGACCAGCCAGUCCUGCAAGCCGUGGACAAUCUGAACGACCCAUCAUACUUGCUCCUUUGACCAGACGCUGAGCAUUUUGAGAUCAAUUGAUAUUCGAGUCUUUUAAGCUAUACAGUGAUCAUGAGGUUUCCAGGAGUAGCGACUGUCGUUGGUGCGGGAUCUGGUAUCGGACGCGCAACGGCCAUACUGUUCGUGAAGCGGGGAUGCACCAAGAUCGCGAUCGGAGACGUCAAUGUUGCUGGACUGGCGGAAACGAAGAAGCUGAUGCUUGAGGUGAAGGGGGGAAUCGAAGUGCUCGACGCCGAAUGCGACGUGACAUCGGAAGAGUCCGUCAACACCUUCUUCACCAGAACCGUGGCGAAGUUCGGAAGGUUGGAUUACUGCUGCAACGUGGCAGGCAUGUUAAUUCCCGGCGCCUCCACUGACCUGUCGGCGGCUCAAUACGACAAGCAGCACAGCGUUAACUGCCGUGGAAUGUGGCUGUGUCAACGAGCCGAAAUCACACAGAUGCUGAAGCAGGAUCCCAUCGACACUCCAGACAGCGCGUUCCAGUCGCGAGGAGCCAUUGCUAAUGUCGCCUCAAUGGCUGGGUUAAGGGGAUACGACAACUUGGCCUCGUAUAGUUCGACGAAACACGCCAUCCUCGGCUUCACCAAGUGUGAUGCGUACGGCUAUGCUUCGAAGCUGAUUCGAGUGAAUGCGGUCUGCCCCGGCGUGAUAGCCACGCCAAUGCUGGGAGAGAUCGAUCCAAACGAUAAAACGAACAUUGCUGAGAUGACCAAAGACAUGGCCAUGGGUCGGCAAGGACAACCAGAGGAGGUGGCCGAGGGUCUGCUAUGGUUAUGUUCAUCGUACGCCAGCUUCGUCACCGGAAUUGGCCUCCCGGUCAACGGUGGGAUGGUCGGAGCGUAGAUUCGAUGCGACUAAACUCGCUAGAGCUUGCCAUAUCUUAAAUACUCAUCUGUAAAAUGAAGAUGAACAUACGUUGUAUUGACAUGGC